GCAUAACGACAAACCCCGCUAUUCUAGAGAAAGAUAGUCAGCGAUGCACGCUGUCUAAUCUCAAUCGGCUUUGUCGCAUCGGAGAGGACAUGGGCGUACAGGAGAUGCAGUUCCAGGCCUGGGGUGACAGCGCGCAGAGCAUGGUGUCGGUGGCGCUGGAUCUGUUCGGCAUGAACCCCAAUCUGGUGGUGGUGAAGCUGCCUUCCACAUUGGAGGGCUUCCAAGCGGCUGCGCUGCUAAGGGAGAGCGCCGUCCGCAUCACCAUGACAGCUAUGUACAACAGCUCCCAGGUCCUUCUGGCUCAGUGCGUGGGGGCUGAGUACGCCGCGCCGUAUCUGGGCCGAAUGAACGACGCAUAUGGCAACAACCAGGGCUAUAAAGAGGUAGUUCAGAUGCAGCGCAUCCUAAGCGCCCAGAAGGCCCGUACUCGGCUGCUAGUGGCGUCCAUACGGGACGCCUUCACCAUGGCAAGCCUCGCAGCGGAGGGUUGCGACACGUUCACCAUUUCCCCCUCCGUGGCUUCCAAGCUGUUCAAGGUGACUUACACGCUUGACGCGGUGGAGCAGUUUGAGGCGUCCGCACGGCGCAUGGGCGCCUACGACCUGGAAAACGGGGCCACCAUACCCACCUUGCACCUGCCGCAUCAACAGCAGCAGCUAGCAUCCCGUUCCCACAGCAUCCGAUCACCUGGAACAGAAAAUCACCCACCGGAAGGCCAUCCCCAGCUUGCGCAAUCCAUCCCGGAGCAUAGCGCCCAGCAGGAGCAUGCCAAGCGGCCCAUCGGCGAAGGCAGGACUCCUCCAGUCGACGAUGGAAGUUCUGCCAGCGGCAAGCCCUCUCCGUCCCCUGGGGGAUCUAUGAACAUCAACGUGCCGGCUCCAUCGGAAACAGAUCUGGCUUUUGGUUCCCACCGGAUUAGUGUUGUUGGCCCGCCCAUGAGCCAUCAACGCGUGGAGUUGUUCUCGGACGGCACGGUGCUGACCAUGUCAAGGCCAAUUAACACGGAUCACCCCAGCUCGCCCCGACUCGGGGAGCGUCCCUUUAUUGAAAGCGCUACGCCCUCGGGGAAGAGUGUGGUCAGUUCCAACCCCGCACCGGUGUCCGUGCCGUCUUCACCCACGCCGGCGCAAACAUCGCACGUGCGGGUCGGUCCCCUUCCCGGACUAUCCCCACCAGCCGUCCCAACAGACGCGUCUCCAGGCGUGACACACGCUUCUCCGCCAUCACGCUAUUCUACGCCGGCCGUGCACACCCGGCCUGCGUGGUUUGCUCAUCCAGACCCAGCCAUAGCAUACACGCAUUACCAGAACUCGCAGGGAAAUGCGACCCACAUCAGCAACUUCGGCCACCAGGCCGGCGCACAAAUGGACAGCUUCCCGGCCGUUCCGCCAAUGAACGCCUCGCCACACGUCUACACAUUGCACAGAAUCUCACCUCAUGGCGCUGCUGCAUCGCUAUUUGGCCACACGGCGACUUUCGGUGCCAUGGGGCCACCUGCCGCAAACAGCCAGCAUUGGUCACAGCCUCCGCCGCACAACGGAGUAGGCCCAGCUGCGGCUCCGGGUCCAACACAAGCCUUUGGGUCGGAGCAAGCCAGCUCGCCGGCCGAUGCCGGCGGCGGUUUGUUUCCUUCACCAAUGUCGCCACGGCCGCACGGCCAUACGCCGGAACGUGGCCCGUGGCCGAACGCUUAUCGCACACCACAGCAGCUGCAGAUGCCGCAACAACCAAACUCCACAGGGUUGCAAGCACCGCCAUCAUUUGCGGCUGCCGCAGCGGCCUGGAAUGCGGGGCAACAAGCUGGACCCGGAACUGCCCACUCCGCGAACAUGCCCGCGGCGAUGACAGGGCCCGCAGCGGGGCUGUCACCAAUGGCAUCAUCGUCGCAGGGUCCAUCAGGCAGCGGUAACGGCGGCACCGCCGCGUCAGGACCCUCAGGCGGGACCUCGGGAACCCCCCCUGAGGAGCUGCGGAACAAAUAUAGGAAGACGAAGCAGCUGCUGCAGCUCCACAUGCUUACCAUGACAUUCCUCACUGGGAUCAAUAUCCAGGCGUACGUCAAGGAAAUUGAGACAUUGCGGGAGCGGCUGGUGUCUGAAGGGAGGCGCGCAGGAAUGCUGGGUGCACAGGUUGCCGCGCUUCAGGGACAGGUUGAAAAGGCAGGCGACAGCGCCGCCCUCCUGGCGGCAACGCAGGCCGAGAAGAUGGUCGCGGCUCAGAAGCUCCGCGAGGCGCGUGAGCGAACGGAGUCUCUGCAAUCGCAACUCGCGGUCGCACAGGCGCAAGUCCGAGUCUUGGAACAGCAGCAGGCAGGUAUGCUGGGUGAGUUCGCUACAGAGCGACAGCGGCGGGAGGCCCAAAUUGUCGAGGAGCGCCAGAAGCUGGAGGCUGCCAGGGCGGAAGAGCAAUCUCAGAAAAUGGCAUACCUGGCCGCAUUCCACGAGGAUCGGGAGCGCUGGGAAGCCGCGGUGGCGGAAAAGGAGCGCACGAUGAAGGCCGCGUAUGAGGAGAAGAUUGCGACCGCUAAGGAGGAGCACCAGCGACUGAUGGCCACCGCAGCCGCCCAACACGAGGCGGCCCUGAAGGAGGCGCGGGCGGAGGCGCAGGCCGCCACCGAGGCGGCAAAUCAGUUAAUCCAGCGCAUUCAAAUGCAGGCACAGGCUACAGCGGAUGCCGCGGAGGAAGCAGUGCUAGACGCCCGUGUACAGAUGCAGCUGGCGGAGGCAGAGGCGGCGAAACGUGCCAAGAUCAAGGCACAAGCCGCGACGGAAGCAGCAGAAGCGGCGGUGCAGAAGGCAAGGGCAGAAUGCGAAGCUGCAGCAGCGUCCGCGGCGGCAGAGGUGCAGGAAGCGUGGGCAGCAGCGAGGGCAGAGAUAGAGGCGCGCGACGCAGCACUGGCAGAGGCAAGGCGGCAACAUGCGGAGGAGCUUGAGGCUGUACGUCGCAGGCACGCGGAGGAACUCGAAAUCGCCCGGAUGAAGCACCUGAACGAGAUGGAGGAGACGCGGGUGAAACACGCGGCCGAGAUGGAAGAGGUGCGAACGAGGCUUUCGGCUGGAAUAGAGGAGGCGCGAACACGGCAUACGGCUGAGAUGGAGGACGUACGUGCAAAGCACUCGGCGGAGAUGGAGGGCUCGCGCAAGAAGCAAGCGGCAGAGGUGGAAGAGCACCGUGUUCGACACGUGAAGCAGCUAGCUGAAGCAGAGGACGCACUUAGCCGCAGGGCGGCUGAAGUGCGGAGCCUGGGGGCGCAGCUCGCUGAAGUGGAGGCCAAGCGUGUUGAGGCAGCGACAGCGGCGGCAGCGAAGGCCGCACAGCUGCAGGAUCUGGAACUGCAGAUUCAAAGCCUGCGGACAGCCGUGGGGGAACGAGACUCCCAGCUCCAGACGGGGCAGGCUGCACUGGCCGCAGCCCAAGCCGCGGCAGCCGCAGUACAGCAAGAGGCGGCACAGAAGCUGCAAGCCCGCAACCAGGAGGUGGCCUCCGAAAAUGCUUCCCGCCUGGCGGCUGCCGAGGCACGGCUAGAGGAGGCGCCAAGGCGUGUGCAGGAGCGUGUAGAUGAGGCCCUCCGACAGGCGCAGGAGGCUCACCGGCAGCAGCUUUCAGGCGCUGUGCAGCGGGUGCAGCAGGACGCGGCAGCAAAGCUACUUGAGGUUCAAAGCGCCACCAACGUCGCCAACGAGGCGCUUACGAACGAGUUGGAGGUGCAGCUGGAGUCGACACGACGGGAGGUGGAGCGGAUCACAGGCUUGCUGGAGAGCCGCAGCAGCGAGAUCCGCUCUCUGUGCAGCUCCCUGGAGCAGGUCUCCCAGGAGCGGGACAAGCUGGUGACCACGGCUGCAGAGCUGCAGGACAUGGUUAUCAAGGUCCAACAGCGGAUGGAAAAGCAGGAGAAGAAGCACGCGAAGGCGCUGGAGCGGGCGCAGGCGCACCGCGAGCAGCAGGUCGCUCGGCUGCAGGAGGAGCUGGAGGCCAUUCGCGCCAGCGUCCCCGGCCGUGUAGAGAGCGCUCUGCAGGUCUAUGCUUCGCAGCUUGCGGCCAACCACCAGGCGGCCGUCGCCGCGGUGGAGGCCCGCGCCGCCGCCGCCCUGGCGGCGGAGCACACGGCAGCCGAGGCGGCCCUCAAGCGCGCACACGAGGAGGCAGAAAAGGAGCUUCAGCUGCGCCUGGCUCAGGCAGAGGACGCGCGGCGGCGGAUGGAGGCACAGGCAGAGGAGGUGCGGCGGCGGAUGGAGACGCAGGCGGACGCAGCUCUAGCGGAGGCACGAGCUCGUGCACGGGAGCUGGAGGGCGCGGCAGCGCGUGCACCGUCGGAGGGAGAGGUUGCGGAGCUGCGGGCACGUGUGGCAGAGAUGGAGCGCCGCUGCGAAGAGCGGCGGGCGGCAAACCUGCAGCUGGAACGGCAGCUGCAGGAGGCGCGGCGUCAGGCGGAUAGCGCACGCAGCCGCGCCGAACAGCUACAGGGCGUAUUUGCGGUCCUCGGGCAACUCGGUUUGCCCCCUCAUACCCUAGACGCCGUCGCCGCUGCCGCGGCCAUGGUUGGGGGCCCGCCGCCAGGAGCCCGUGUGUGUGCGCCGCUGGCAUCACCCCUCCAGCGGCCCUGGUUGCCAUCACCCAUGGCGACGGCCCUGUCUCCCACCCACGAGGCGUCGUCAUCACCAUCUUUUACUGCAGCGGCUGUAACCGCCGCAGCCGCAGCAACUGUGGCCGCGGCCGCGGCAGCCACUGCGGGCCAGAACGCCGCGGCCUCGAUGCCGGCAAUUCUCAAUGGCCUAAGGGAACAGCUCGCCGCUGCAUUGUCUUCACAACAAAAGCAAGCAACAACUCUGCCGCCGCCGCCACAACCGCCACAGCAGCACCACCCCAGUCACUACCAGCAGAGCGCUGCUUCCCCGGCGUCGCUGGACACCAAACAUGCGGUAGAUGGUGAGGUUCAGGCGCUACGACGGAGUCUGCAGGGGGCCCGGGCUGAAGUGCUAGUGUACCGGAGAAAGCUGGAGGAUUGUGCUUUGCGUGGGCGCCAGCAGCAGCUACAGCGCCUCCUGCAGCGGCAACAAGGCGGGGUAGACUACGACUCAGCAGCUAAGCGCGUUCGUCGACACCAGCGCACUCGUAGUCUAGGGCGGGACCAAUGUAGGACUUCGUCGCGGCGCCGCCGCGGCUCAUCUGCAGAAAGGGACCUAGGCUUCGGGUCAGACCUGGACAUCGGCCGGGGUCUAGACCUGGAUUCUGUCCUGGAUUUUGAUAUGGGCCUGGAUCCGGAUCUGAAUUUCAAUUUUGACCAGCAGCCGGGACGCAGGGGGCCCAAGCGCAGGGGGCAGCGCACGCACUGUAUCCCUGGCAGCCAGCGCCCGUACGACACUGAGCCCGGAUCAUGCUCGUACAGUGAUGAUGACGAUGACGGAGGCAGGCACGACACUCGACGUGCAGUGAGUCGAGGCAUUAGCCGGCGGCGGCGUGGCAGUGCGCACCGCACCGUCAGCUGCAGCAGCGGCACAAGCAGCAGUGCUGGCGAGCUGUGCGACAGCCCGCGCGGCAGGUCUGAUCGCCGAGCCCGCCGCACUCCAGGCAGCCGAGACGGCUGGCGCGGGUUUGGCAACGUUGGUGGCAUCGGCAGCAGCAGCGGCAGGCCAGCCAGAUCCGCUGCGCCCGCCGUAACCAGCGAUGCAGUAUCCGAGGCGCUGCGAAUGCGCGUACAGCAGCUGACCCUUGAAGCGCAGAUGGCUCGGUCCCGGGAGGCAAGGUGUCUAGAGGCGGCCCGCCGCGCCGAUGCGGUGAUUCUGCUGCUCCACGGGGCCGCCUCCAGGGCUCAACUCCUCCUGGCAGGCGCGCCACGGCGACAGGAUCAGGACUUGGCGGACGAGCUGGCGGACGCACUAGCACGGGCCAUGCGCCACCGACAGCAUAUUGCCCGCCUGACAGUGGAGGCGGAAGCGCAGGGGCUGCCGCGGCAUGGCGGCGAGGGCCCGGAGGGCACCAGCGGGUUGGCAGCCGGGCUCCAGGACCCCAUUCGGCUUAAGGAGUGGGAGCAACAACAGGCAGCCGCAGCUACCUUAGCCGCACAGCUCGCGGCAGCGCGGGACGAGGUCGCUGCGGCGGCAAAGCAGAUGGAGGAGCUCAGGUCGCAGCUGCUGCAACAGGCGGAGGCUCACGCGGCAGAGGUAGCGACUGUCCGGAACGCGGCAGACGCCGCACUGGCACAGGCCUCCCAGCUGUCCUCCCAGUUGGUAGACGCUCGGGCACAGCAACAGGCGCUGCAGCGGGAGGCACAGGUGCUGCGGCGACGACUGCGCAGCUUCCAGCUCCAAGUUCGCCAGCUGCUGGAUGACAUGCGGCAGCACAUGGACUUGGCUGACCUAGCCAACUUUGCAAAAUCGGUACUGGCGGCGACGGAGCGAGCGUUUGGUUUAUGGACCAUUCGAGAACAUGACCACGUGCAGGCCACCCGGCGUGCUGUCUCCGAGCUGAGGAGUGAAGCCGGGGAGUUCCGUCAGCUCAUGCAGUCCUUCGCUGCAGCACAGCACCAGGCGAUCGGCCGGCUGACGGCACGCUGCAAGGCCGCGGACUCUGAGCUCCGGAAACUGCGGGAACAAGAUGUAGGCCGUAGCACCGCAAUCAGAGCCGAAAUGGCGCCACGACUUCGUGUCCACGCAGGUGCACAGGAAGUCGCGACGGUGAAGCAACGGCUGGAGGAGCAGGUGCGGCGGCUUGGCCAGGAGCGAGAACUGCUGGAGACCCGGGUGACGGCGCUGCAGGGCGACAAGGAAUGCUUCCUGACCGCAUGCGGGUCACUGCGACAGCAGCUCGAGGCGGUGCAGCAUGCGCUGGAUGACGAGCGUCGCGCGAGGGUGGAAGCGGAGCAGCAGGCGCAGGCGACUGAGGGGCGCAUGCAAACGGCCAUAUCCCAGGCGGUGCGAGCCGUGGAGGUGCAGCGGGACGCUGCACAGGCGGAGGCGUUGGCAGCGGAACAGCGGGUGAUCAACGCCGUGGAUGAGCGCGACAAGGAGGCCAGGCGUCUGGUGGAAAUGGAGGCGCGGAUGCGGGAGCAGCACGAACACGAUGUACAUCAGCUGCAGGACCUGCAGCAGCGCCACGAAGCGGCCCUGCAGGAGCUGAAGGACGCUCAAGAGGUUGCUGCCAGAGAGACCGCCGAGCAGCUGAUCGCCGCCAACCGCUGGGCACAGGCGCUGCAGGAGCAGCUGCUGCAGCGGCAAGGCCAGCUACGGCAGCAGCAGCAGGAAGUGGAUGGGCUACGGACAAUGCUGCGCGACGCAGAACAGCAGCUCCAAGAGGCGCUGGUUGAGCUGCAGCAGGCACAUCAGCGCGUUGAGGCGGCGGAGGCGCGCGAGGUGGACGCGCUGCAACGGCUGACGGACGCGGAGGCGGAGGUGGGGAAGGCGCGGGACGAGGCAGCACGGCAGCUCGUGGAGGCGCGCAGGCAGGAGAAUGCCGCGAUAGAGGCACGGGCGGAGGCAGAGACGGCAAGGGCCGAGGCACUUGCAGCGAAGGAUGCGGCAUUGGCAGCAGCGAAGGCGGCAGAGCUGGAUUCGGCACGGCAUCUGGCGGAAGUGCAAGCUGCGCGUGAGUUUGCAGAUUCACAGUUUGAGGCUGUGCAGACGCUGGAGACACAAUUACAGGCAGCACGGGAUGGGCUCAGACAGGCGGAGGAGCGGGCGCUGACGGCGGAAUGUGAAUUGCAGUCAGAGCGCGGCGCAGGGGCGCAGCUGCGGCAGCAGCUGUUGGAAGCGCGCGGUGCACUGGCGGAGGCUCAGGAGGAGCGCGGCGCGGCAAUGCUGUUACGGCAGCAGCUGGUGGAGGCUCGUGGCGCGUUGGCGGAGGCGCAGGACACCGCACGGAUGGCAAGCCAGGAGCUGCUUCAGGCCAAGGAGCGGUGCGAGGAGUUGCAGCAGGACCUAAUGGCCGCAGAGCGCCGACUUGAGGCUGCCCGUUCCGCCGCACGAAUGCACGAGCAGCAAUUAUCUCAGGAGCAGCAGGAGUCCGACCGACUUCGCUGCCAGCUGCGAGUCUGCCAGGCGCGAGUAUUCGAGCUCCAGCACUCCGCGGCAACCCAGGACGUCAGCUACGGCAGGCGACGCGACAGCAGCGGCGGCGGUAGUGCAGCCACCACCGCCGGCAGCUCAGGGGCAGCACUGGAUGUUGGUUACGGCAGGCGGCGCGACAGUAGCGAGGGCGGCAUUGCUUCCACUUCCGCCGCCGAGCGCAGGGCCACAGGCGCCGGCAGAGGGUCUGGGUGGGACACGGGUACAGACAUUGAACACGACGGAUCCCGAGGAACUGGAUCCGGAGGUGGCUUGGAGCUCGGCGUGACGAGCUUGCGCGGCGGCCAGGGAGUGAUAGACGCGGGCUGGCUCUCAGCCUCCAACGGCGGGGCGGAACAGCGGCCGGCGGUGGCUGCUGUAGCGAACCGUGAAGAGGAGUCCUCCUGCAACGGAAAAGGCAUGGCGGGAAGUGGGACAGGUAGUGGCUGGGGCAGCUUCGCCACAUCCAAGGCUUCCACACCGGUAAUCUCCAGCGGGGGAGGCUCGAAUCCCAGUGGCGGCGGCAGCGGUCAUGACGUUGUUCCGGUUGCGUCACUCUCAAGUAUUGGUGGUUCUGCGGCCUGCAUGGACGGACUUCAUGAAAUCGACCCAGCCGCUGCUGCAGCUGUCGAAGCUGCGUAUGCGAACGGCUCCAGACGCCAUAUGCAGCUUCACCUUAGCCGCCCAUCCGUGGAGUUGCUGCCUGCUGGUACUGCUCCACCGGCCGAGGUCCCGGCUAAUCCAGGGCAGCUGUGUUCUUCUGCAGUGCAAUCGCGGGAGAGUUCAGCAGCAUCGUCACCAUCGUUGUCCCCCUCCCAUACCGGACCACCUUCGCCACUGGCGCAAUCGCACCAGCAAGCGACUCUGCCACACGCUUCAUUGGCAGUGCAACAGGCGCAUCACCAUGGCCCACUAGGCGACGAGGCGCCUACCCAGUUACAGGACCUACUCGACGAGGUGGCCCGCCACUGCCAGCGCCUACCGGCCAUAAACCAGGUCCUGGACGAGAUGUUAUUGACAGAGUCCGGAUUUGGAGACCGCGACGCAGUGGCACCCGGAUCAGGCCCCUGGCCGCCCAGCGCUGGCGACGCCCUUAGCGGCGGGCCCGGCAGCCUUGGCAUGGGGACCGACGGCUUCCUGCGCAGCCCGGCGGCGGCGGCGGCACUGGAACACCUGGUCCCAGUGCUGGGCGACGCGUUAAAGCUGGUGGCGCAGUUGGAAGCCGUCGUGGCAGAGGCGGGAGGGCGAGAGACCGCCGACAUGGAGGCAGCGCUGUCGCAGCACCGGCGGCAGCUAGAAGCGACCUGGGGUAAGAUUGUGCAAGCGCGGCGCCUCAUAGCCGCUGCGGACCCAGCCUCGCCCCCGCUCCCGCCCCCGCCCCCGUCUCGGACCGAGUCUGGCGGCGGCGGGUCCGGCACGGUGAGCAUUCACAGCUACGGCUUGGACGCCGACGCCGACCUGGCUGUGGCAGGCAAUGCCGGCAACCAGGGAGCUGGCAAGCAGGGGAACUCGUAUCCCCGGCCUGGCAAUGUGGAUCACAAGGAGAACCUUGCGGCAGCGCUGGCGGCAGGCGCGGAGGCGUUGGUGGGAAUAUUGUGGCCCAGGGAGCCAGCGCCUCUGGGGACCUCGAGCGGGCUAGCGGCAGUGCCGGCUGCUACCAUCCCGGCCGGUGGAGAAGCCGUUGCCAGCGCUACUGUACACCCGCAGACGGACAGGCGCAGACCGCUUGCUGACUCUCGGCCUUCAGUAUCCGCCCAGGUCUUGCCUGAAGAGCCCGCUUUGCCAGGUGCAGCAGCUCAACCCUGCCCAGGCGGCACCUCCUGCGCUGGGGAAAGACAUCAGACGUCCUUGGAUACUAUGCAGAGCGGCUCGCGGUCCGGGCGGUCACAGCUCCAGCCUCUGCAUCAGCCUUCUGCGGCAGCUGCAGCCGCAGCUGCAGUGUCCGACGCGUCAGCAGUGAAUGUCACCAGGCCCGCAGCCCGGGUCGGCGUUCCUGACGACACGCCUGCUUUCCGCGGAUUUUCCAUGCCGUCCGCGGGAACUUCGACUGCCGCUCCUUUGACAAGAUCCAGUGAUAACGGCUGCAACAUGUCUGCACCGAAGGCGGUGCAGCUGGAGGAGCGAGCCCAUUCGGAGCCGGGUGCCAGUGGGCGGGCUGGGGCGGCGCUGGCAGCACUGGCGACUGCUCGUGCAGAGCUGGCCCGCAGCCUCCUGUCCCCUCCAGCCACCUCACCCUCAAACUUGCUAUCGCCCUCGUCCCCACCGCCGCUACCACUGCCGCUAACGCAGCAGCAGCCCCAUCCGGGCCCUGGGCAGCGGCCGUCCGGCCCUCAGGAGGGUCUUCAAGAGCAGCUGUCUCAGGCGCCGCCUCAUCAGCCACAACGUCUCAGCCUGGCUGACCUGGUGGCGCCGCGCCGAACGGAUCGUGAAUGGGCCGAAUCCAGCAGCCAAUCACCACCUCAUGCCGUGGCCUCUCAAAACCCCAGCCCAGAGCCACGGCCUCGGCCGCUGCUGCUGCUGCCCAUGCCUCUCAGCCCCAUCAAGCCGGCGGAUGUGCUGCUACAGCAGCAGCCGCAGCAGCAGCUGGCGCCAACGCACCAGCGGCCCGCGCCGCCACCGCCGCCACCGCUGCUGCCGCCCUGGCUGCAGCGCCAAGAGCAGCAGCAACAACAACCAGUCGUAGCUCAGCGCUCCUUGCAAGGUUCCGCCACGCGUGACGUCGGCUGGCAGCAGGCGGGUGGUCAGCUCGAGCGGCUGCAAAUCAGUUUUGACCUGGCGACGCCAUCAGAGCAAGUCGAGCAGCGCGAAGCGCAGCUGCAGACCACCAGCAGCACGACGAGCAGUACAAAUACUGACAACAGUCGCAGGAGUGGCGACGGAGGCGGCAACUACAAUGGCGGCGGGGGCGACAGCGCCCAGAGCGUGGAUAGCAGCUGCAGCAGCAUCAGCCUAGCACGUGGCGGCGGGUUCCCAUUACGGCCAGCUGCUCCGCGUUCUGCAAGCGCAAGCGGGGCAGCUGGACGUAACGGAACAGAGGGAGCGGAAGGCCCCUCUGUGGGGCAAUGGGCCCUGCGCCAGGUGGCAGGGGCGGGGUGCUCACUCGGGGCUCCGCAGCGUGGCUGGAUCUCCAAGACGGACGGUGGAAGCGGACCGGAGAGGUCCGUGAGUCACACGGUGCCGGGUCCUGCGUCAAUUUCGUUAAGCGGCCUGGCUCAGCGGAUUGCUGACCGAUCCACCUCCGCGGGCGCUCCUGCUGCCGGGAAAAACAUCCCCAGCUUACGGUCGUCAUACAGCACCACAGCAUCUUCGCAUGGCGCGCCAUCGCACGACCCAUCGUCCGGGUCGCCGCCUCAAUCGCUGGUAGCCGACAGGCUGGUACUUUCACCGGGGCGGGUGGGCAGGUACGGCUCGCCGUCCCCACGGGGCGGUGCGGGCGCAGCAACGGCAUCCGCUGCACACGUCUCCCCGUCACGUGAGGCGUCGCAGGUGUUGACAGCCCCCACCGUCGCAACUUCCCACGCUGGUGCUUCUUCUGCCGCUGCUGCAUCUGGCUUUACCGCCGGGAAUGGCCACGGCACUAGUCCCAGGGGCGGUCUCCAUGAACGACCCGUGGCUCCAUCUUGGGAACGGCCAUUGACCACCGCGCCCCCCACCACUAGUACCAAUGCAACCACGACCUCGACGAGUUUCACAGCCGCUGCCGGCACGGGCGCGAGCCCUUCCGCCGGCAUCACCAUGACCGGGGAUCAUACACCCACGUCACAACCACAGUGGCGCCCGCAAGGCGAAGAGCACGAACCGGGACACGCAGUCGCGCCUGUUGGCCCCGCAGGCCCUGCACCACCACCCGGCGGCACCACCACAGCUGCCGCGUCCAAUUGCAACGCCACCCAUACUGACUCUCAGGUCAGCCAUGCUCUUACAGUGCACGCGUCGUGGUAA